UUAUAACUAAUCUGUAAUAACUCGAUUCAGUUUGUGAAGAAAAAACAUCAGAGAAGAUGAAUAGGUCCAACGAUGUUAGUAAUGAUGAGGUUACUGUUGUUAUGGUCCCUCUUCCCGCGCAAGGCCAUCUCAACCAGCUUCUUCAGCUGUGCUGCUUAUUCUCCUCCCAUGGCCUCCCCGUUCACUACGUCGGAUCCGCCAUCCACAACCAACAAGCCAGACUUCGAGCAAACGGCUUAGACCCAAACAAAAUAGCCAAAAUCCAUUUCCAUGAUCUCCCAACCCCUGAUUUCGAUUCCCCAUCCCCUAACCCCAACGCCUCCUUCAAGUUCCCCACUCAUUUGCAGCCAAUUUGGGAUGCCUCGCAGCUUCUCCGCCGCCCCACAGCGCUUCUUCUCCGGGAAUUAGCGGCUAAAUCUCGAAGAAUCGUGGUUAUUCAUGACUAUUUGAUGUCUUAUGUUGUCCAGGAUGUGGCGACAAUCCCCAAUGCGGAGUCAUAUAAUUUCAAUUGUGUUUCGGUUUUGUCUAUGGUUUGUUACAUGUAUCAUGGAUUGGGGAAGAAAUUUGUCGCGGAUGGGGAGUUGAGAGAGCUAAUGUCGCCCCCUGAGGGGUGCACGACUGAUGAAAUUGUGAGGCUAGGGAUUGCUCAGAUGGAGCCUUUGAGUGUGAGGAGUGGGGAUAUUCAUAACUCCAAUAGGUUGAUUGAAGGUCCAUUUAUUGAUUUAUUGGAGGAAAAUGAAACAGCCCAGAAGUGGAAGCAAUGGUUUAUUGGUCCCAUUCUCCCUGCAAACCCUAACUUAAACUCAAAAACACCCAAUAAUGCUAAUUCAUGCUUAGAUUGGCUUGAUGAGCAACCUCAAAACUCUGUUCUGUACAUUUCAUUUGGUACAACAACUUCAAUGUCUGAAAUUGAGGUGAGGGAAUUGGCUUUGGGAUUGGAACAGAGCAAACAGAGGUUUCUAUGGGUGUUGAGAGAUUCAGACAUUGGUGAUAUCUUCUCCAGAGCUUGUAGAAAGAUUGAGCUGCCGGAAGGGUUUGAGGAAAGGGUAAAAGGAGUGGGAUUGGUGGUUCGGGACUGGGCGCCCCAACCCGAAAUCCUGGCCCACCCGUCCACUGGAGGGUUCAUGAGUCAUUGCGGGUGGAAUUCGUGCAUGGAAAGCAUCAAUUUUGGAGUUCCCAUAGCUGCCUGGCCUAUGCAUUCUGAUCAGCCCUUUAACAGUUUUUUGGUUGCAGAGGUUCUCAAAAUAGGCUUGAUGGUGAGAGAAUGGGAGGAACGUGAAGAGGUGGUGGGCUCAUCAGCUAUUGAGAAUGUGGUGAGGAGACUUAUGGCAUCAGAAGAAGGAGAUGAGAUCAGAAAGAGAGCUCAACAACUUGGGGAAAAUGUUAGAAAAUCAGCACAACAAGGAGGUGCUUCUCAGAUGGAACUCGACUCUUUCAUUGCUCAUAUCACUAGAUAGAUGGUUUAUUUUUCCUGUUUUGAAAUGUAUUGUUGUGCUUUGUCUUACAAGAAUAAAUUUUCUUAUGGAAAAAUAUUGUUUUAGAUUUCUUCAA